AUGGCAGACACAUCCCAAAAGCCCGAUAAAGCUACCAGUGCGGCACAGGCUCGUCAGGUUAUCGAUGUUUUUCAUGAGAUUUCCACGCUACUUAAUGCAGAGCUUGAUCGCGGAACCUUGAGUAUUUGCAUAAGUCUUAUUGAGAAUGGGAUUAAUCCCGAGGCGCUUGCUACAGUAGUCAGAGAACUCAAAAAAGACGCAGACGAAGUACGAAGACAGAUUGCCGAGGGGGGUGUUCGCAAUGGUGAAUGAAUGUGCAGUUACCAGGAAGGGGUUUGGGGCAGGGAGCUUAUGCUAUGGAAUUUUCAACAUGCUCUUCUUUUGUGUGCGUUUGAUGGAAGGCGUUUGCGAGGAUAUACCGAGGCGUUACGGGAGAUACAAUGCAUGAAUCUGGGAGUUUGGUACGUGGGCGGGGAGGAUUUGUAUAGUGGUUUAGGUAUGGCAGUACUUGAUUUCUCGACCAAGACGGUUUGAUAGCCAGACUUGCAGCCACGAUCCUCAUUGACAAAGGCUAGACGAAAAGACCGUUGGAACUUCAUUAGAUAGUGGUGAUGCGAUGAAGGCGCCGGUGUUUGAGUGCAUGGUGAGACUAAAGCAAUCUCAGGAAGCUGCAAGUUAUAGGAGGUGGAGUGUAAUCUAGACAUUAAUGGCAAAUGGGCAUCAAGACGAGCUUUGAAAAUCUUAGAAAUGGCCCUUGUUACACCAUAAGCAAUAGGAACGAGGAUCAUCAAAGAGCUGAUCAAG